UGUUCGAUUUCCAAUAUUAUACACUGAUCAAAAGCUGUUGAAACAUGGCAGAGGGAGGUUUAUCAAGAUCUGUUGCAGGAUCUUCGGAUGUAAUUCAUGACAUUUCUUGUACCCCUUGUUCGGAGGAUGCUCGAAACACGGAGGCCGUUAAUUAUUGUGUUAACUGUGAGACUUAUUUCUGCCAGACUUGUGUCGGAUAUCACAAUAAAGUACUUAAAACACAUAACGUUUUGGAUCGGAAUGCUAUGAAAUCGAUUAAACAUGAAUCAAAACAAUCGGAAGCGGAGGCUAGGGACUGUAGUGAACAUCCGGGAAAUGUCAUUCAAAUGUAUUGUGGGAGCCAUGAUGUCGUCUGCUGCACAGUUUGUGUCGCCGUAGAUCACAGGAUCUGCAAGGGCGUGAAUUUCGUCCCGAAGUUGGCGAAAGAAAUCUUGGAAAGUGUAAGGGGACAUACCACUGAAGCAUCACUAGGAGAAACACGGAGGGAGCUUUUGCAGUACAAGUCGAAGAAAUUAAAUGAACUAUACCAGCUUGAGAAGAAGAAAGAGUCUAUUCUAGACACUAUGGUUGAAAUGGAAACGCGAUUAAUUGCUAAAAUACAUACAAUACAUGAAAAGGGAAAAGAAGAUAUAUGUUCAAAGACUAAAGACAUGUCCGACAAAAUCAACAAUGAUAUUGAUUCUUUAAAUGAGUUAUUGAAAAGGAUAGAAAAACGAACAAAGCAUUUUGAACAUUGUCCUUAUGGCAACGAAGCUCAGGUUUUCGUUUUCAUGAAACAAAGUCAGAUGUUGGAAUCUGAUUGUAAAACCAUGCUAGACAAGACAAAAUUUGAUCCUGUUGAUCAUAUUUCAUAUCAACCUAAUGAUCAAAUUGAUGCACUUUUGGAUGAAAUGAAGUCAUUUGGUGAGAUAGCGACGAACGGCUUCCGUCCUUACUCUGCUAACCUGGAAGACGAGUAUGACGUUAGUGUUAAAGAUGACAAAAAUCCAUGUACUGUUUAUGAUAUUUGUAGAGUAGAUAAUGAGUUUAUUAUCAGUGAUCACGAUAAUGAUAAAGUAAAAAAACUCGACAAGAAAUUUGUUGUAACGAAGUGGUGUAAAAUGUCUGGAGCUUGGGGACUCUGUCAAACGGGUUCUAAUGAGUUGGUGGUCACUUUGUGCGAAAUACAGAAAGUACAAUUUUGCAGAAUCGAUAACCUCAUGUGCACAAGAUCUUUUACCUUAGAUCAAUAUUGCCGUGGUAUCAGAUAUACUAACGACACACUCUUCAUUACUGGUGACGGGCCUGAAUCAAACGAACUCAGAACCUAUACGCUGUCAGGAGGUCCGCUAAAAACAUUCAAGAUCGACAGCCAAGGCAAUGACCUAUUUGAUUGUAUAUUUCAUCUAGCAUUUAGUUUAGAUCUCUCUCGCAUAUAUAUAGCUGACACUGGCUUGGGAAUGAUCACUCUGAACGAAGAAGGAAACAAACUGUCUACGGUGUCUGAAGAAAAGUUAGUGGAGGUAUUUGGUGUGAGUACGGGGGAUUGCGGAGAGCUUUUCAUGUGUGGUCGUCACUCGCAUAACGUUUCCCAGACAGACAGAAAUGGCACUCUUGUCAAAGAAAUACUCACACAAUCAGACGGGCUAUCUGAUCCUGUAUCGGUUACGUUUAUUACUGAUUCAAGACGGCUUAUUGUUACUUGCGAAAAAUCAAAUACAAUCAAAGUCUUCAAUUUGACAUAGUCUUACAUUGGCCUUUCCUUAGACUAGUUGCCUAGACUUUCUAUCCGUCGCAUGUACUGCCUGUCCUUGUUUUCGCUUUUUUCUACAUGUGUAUAGGCUUAACACAUUUAUAAUAAAAAGAAAAUAAACACAUGUUGACAAGGAAGGUUUGGUGUUAUAAAUUAUUUUUCAAACCGAAUAACAUUCAUAAAAUAUGACAAUGUUUAAUAAUCAUGAUUAAUCUCAGAAAA